GCUCGCCAGAGGGGGAGGGCGUUCACCCUGAUUCGCCCCUCGCGGGACUUGUUUUUUCCGUUCUGAGCCAGACACCGGAAUGAAGUUUGGGGAGGAGAUUCUUCACUGCGGCGGCCUCCUCACUGCCGAGAACAACGAGCCGCGGGCGUCCUGUGGCCACACCCCGGCGGGCCCAGACUGACUACGCCCACGCGGCCGCCUCCAGUCCUGCCAGUCUGGCCAAUGGAGGAGCUACAAACGGCACGACCUGCCCGAGCUUGGCAGUCAUCAGUCGCACCGGGCUUGGACGCCUGGGAAGACUUUGUUGGAAGGGGAGGCGGGGAGAGGGUGCUGCACCCCUGCCAACCUCCCUCUUUCCCUGGAGUUGCCGAACCACAGCGCAGCCAAUUGGCUCGGAGAUGUGGCGGGUUGACGCUUCCCUGUGGGUCUAUGCGGCAUUCUUCUGCCUGGUGACUAACGCGUUGGAAAUGAGGCUUAUGACGUCAUCGCAUCCGCCGACCAAUAGAAAACGCUCCCGCGGAGAGGUGUUCCUCCCCCUUCGACUGCGCUUCUUCACGCGCGUGAGCGAGCGCGCGCGCGCGGAGGGGGUGGGGGAAGUCGCGAGCGCGGUGGCGCGCAUGAGCGGCGAAGCUCCGCCUCCUUGCCUAUAUAUAAAGGGCUGGCGCGGGGCUCGGCGGCGCCAUUUCGCGCUGGAGUGGAGCAGCCUCUAGAACGAGCUGGAGGAUUCUGCCUACUUAUACAGAGCCUUCGUGUCGUCCGGGACCGCCAUUACAAUCCACGUCCAUCCGCUUGGAAAUGGCCUUCGUCUCGGCCUAUGACCGGUCCCGGCGGACAGUACAGACCCCAUAGAAGCCCCCGAAGCUCCCCUUUUUCGAGCCCCGCCCAGUCCUCGGAGUCUGUCCACCCCCUCUACUCCGCCCUCAAGAGGAUUUCAAAGAUGGAGGCGGCGGCUCCCUAAACCACUUUUCGUGUUCAUCCGCCUCCAUCCGAGAUCGAAACGGGACCUCGUCCGCGCCGGACGGUCCUGGCAGGAAGAGGGGAUCCUUGCAGACCAACGGCGGGCAAUAUUGACGACGGUGUCUGGGAUCGGGGACUGUCCUGGGGUUUGAAGAGUCCGUCCCCCUUCGCUCGCCCGCCUCAGCUGGGGCCGCCGCCAUUUUCUCGCUGUCCGCCUCCUGCGGAGCGCGCCAAGCUGCCGGGAGUUCUCCGAGAAACAGCGGAGGAGACUGCUUUCGUGCCGGCCCGGCGGGGGGGGUUGUCGCCUGGUGGGCCGAGGGCAACGGCCCCCGACCCCCCCCUCACUUCCCGGGUUAUGCUGGACUGGAAGGUAAGGGGAACCGAGGCCACCCGGACUUUCCGCGGCUGAGGGCAGCGCCGGUUCCCCGUGAUCAAGAUGCUGCAAAACGUGACUCCCCACAAUAAGCUCAACCACCAUGGCAACCACCAAGCCCCUAGUGAGGAGGAAGCUUGGGGCUUGAGUUUCUCGGCUCCACCCAUUUUGCUUAAGUCCCAUCCCAAUAAUGCUGUGAUUCUCAAAUGGCUGUGCCCUGUGAGAAAUUACCUUGGGCUUUUUCACUUUAAAUUUUAAAAACAGAUGAAAGAGUCCAUCAGACUUGAGAAUUCAUAAUGUAGGACUAAGAACAGAAGAGGUGGUAGGAAGUACAAGAACAAAAGCUCCAUGGAUUGUUUGGAUACUGGUUUCAUUUUCAUAAUCUUGACCACCUUUCACUAGAUUCCAAGCCUGGAUUUAUUGAGGGCUCCCUGGGGAGGGGAAUGCAGGGUUACUGGGGCUGGGCCCAGAGGCAGCAGCGCCUGGGAAAAGGAUUCGAAAGCCCUCCCUGUUGUAUGAGGGAUUCGAGAGCCCCACAAUGGCUUCAGUGCCGGCUUUGCAACUAACCCCUGCCAACCCACCACCCCCGGAGGUGUCCAAUCCCAAAAAGCCAGGACGGGUUACCAACCAGUUGCAAUACCUGCACAAGGUGGUGAUGAAGGCUCUGUGGAAACAUCAGUUUGCAUGGCCCUUCCGGCAGCCUGUGGAUGCUGUCAAACUGGGUCUGCCGGAUUAUCACAAAAUUAUAAAGCAGCCUAUGGAUAUGGGUACUAUUAAGAGGAGACUUGAAAACAACUAUUACUGGGCUGCCUCAGAGUGUAUGCAGGAUUUCAAUACCAUGUUCACCAACUGUUAUAUCUACAACAAGCCUACUGAUGAUAUUGUCCUGAUGGCACAAACGCUGGAAAAGAUCUUUCUACAGAAGGUGGCGUCAAUGCCACAAGAGGAACAAGAGCUUGUGGUGACUAUCCCUAAGAACAGCCACAAGAAAGGGGCCAAAUUGGCAGCACUCCAGGGCAGUAUCACCAGUGCCCAUCAGGUGCCUGCUGUCUCUUCUGUGUCUCACACAGCCCUGUAUACUCCACCACCUGAGAUACCUACCACUGUCCUCAACAUUCCCCACCCAUCGGUCAUCUCUUCGCCCCUUCUCAAGUCCUUGCACUCCGCUGGACCCCCGCUCCUUGCUGUCUCUGCAGCUCCCCCAGCCCAGCCCCUUGCCAAGAAAAAGGGGGUAAAGCGGAAAGCAGAUACUACCACCCCUACACCUACAGCUAUCCUGGCUCCUGGCUCCCCAGCUAGCCCUCCCGGGGGUCUUGAGCCUAAGGCAGCACGGCUUCCCCCUAUGCGUAGAGAGAGUGGCCGCCCUAUCAAGCCCCCACGCAAAGACUUGCCUGACUCUCAGCAACAGCACCAAAGCUCCAAGAAGGGAAAGCUGUCAGAACAGUUAAAACACUGCAAUGGCAUUUUGAAGGAAUUACUCUCUAAGAAGCAUGCUGCCUAUGCCUGGCCUUUCUAUAAACCAGUGGACGCUUCUGCUCUUGGCCUGCAUGACUACCAUGACAUCAUUAAGCACCCCAUGGACCUCAGCACUGUCAAGCGGAAGAUGGAGAAUCGUGAUUACCGGGAUGCACAGGAGUUUGCUGCUGACGUGCGGCUAAUGUUCUCCAACUGCUAUAAGUACAAUCCCCCAGACCAUGAUGUUGUGGCCAUGGCACGAAAGUUACAGGAUGUAUUUGAGUUCCGUUAUGCCAAGAUGCCAGAUGAACCACUGGAACCAGGGCCUUUACCGGUCUCUACUGCCUUGCCCCCUGGCUUGGCCAAAUCAUCUUCAGAGUCCUCCAGUGAGGAAAGUAGCAGUGAGAGCUCUUCUGAGGAGGAGGAGGAGGAAGAUGAGGAUGAAGAGGAAGAAGAGAGUGAAAGCUCUGACUCUGAGGAAGAAAGGGCUCAUCGCUUGGCUGAACUACAGGAGCAGCUUCGAGCAGUACAUGAACAACUGGCUGCCCUGUCCCAAGGCCCAAUAUCCAAGCCCAAGCGAAAGAGAGAAAAAAAAGAGAAAAAGAAGAAACGGAAGGCAGAGAAGCAUCGAGGCCGAGCUGGGGUUGAGGAAGAUGACAGAGGGCCUCGGGCACCUCGCCCAUCUCAGCCCAAGAAGUCCAAGAAAGCGAGUGGCAGUGGGGCUGGCAGCGCUGCUACACUAGGCCCUCCUGGCUUUGGACCUUCUGGAGGAAGUAGCACCAAACUCCCCAAAAAGGCCACAAAGACAGCCCCACCUGCCCCGCCUGCAGGCUAUGAUUCAGAGGAAGAGGAAGAAAGCAGGCCCAUGAGUUACGACGAGAAGCGGCAGUUGAGCCUGGACAUCAACAAGUUGCCCGGGGAGAAACUGGGUCGAGUUGUACACAUAAUUCAAGCCAGGGAGCCCUCUUUACGUGACUCAAACCCAGAAGAAAUUGAGAUUGAUUUUGAAACGCUCAAGCCAUCCACACUUAGAGAGCUUGAACGCUAUGUCCUUUCCUGCCUACGAAAGAAACCUCGGAAGCCCUAUACUAUUAAGAAACCUGUGGGAAAGACAAAGGAGGAACUGGCUUUGGAGAAGAAGCGGGAACUAGAAAAGCGGUUACAAGAUGUUAGUGGGCAGCUCAAUUCUACCAAAAAGCCCCCCAAGAAAGCGAGUGAGAAAACCGAGACGUCAUCAGCACAGCAGGUAGCAGUGUCCCGCCUCAGUGCUUCCAGCUCCAGCUCAGAUUCCAGCUCCUCCUCUUCAUCUUCCUCUUCUUCAGACACCAGUGAUUCAGACUCAGGCUAAGGGGCCAGGCCAGAUGGGGCAGGAGGCUCCGCAGGACCGGACCCCUAGACCACCCUGCCCCACCCCUACUCUCCCUUUGCUGUGAUACUUCCUCAUCUCACCCCCUCCCCCCACUGUAGGAGAGCUGGCUCUGCAGGGGGGAGGAAUGCAGGGACAAUUACUGAAGGAGGUACAUAAAUGGACAAAAUACGACUGCGUUCCCAGCCCCAUGGAGAGUGACCUCUUAGGCAUAGAGCCCCUAUUCAAAAUGACUGGUGGGGCAGGGGUAAAGGGUGGGAAUGGGCAAAGGCCCUGAUACGGGGUUACCUGAGGCCGUAGCUGCCCUGUUCACUUGUAAGGGCCCUGUUUUGAGGUUGUUUGUUCUAAUUUAUUUUAAGCUAGGUAAGGCCGAGGCAGGGUGGGGCCGUGGUCCCCUCAGCCUCCAUGGGGAGGGAGGAAGGUGUUCUUUUUUUACGUUGACUUUUUUUUUCUACUCUGUUUUCCUUUCUGCUCCAUUUGGGGCCCCUGGGGGUUUCAGUCAUCUCCCCGUUUGGUCCCCUAGAUUGUCUCUUCUUUGUCUGUUGAUUCUAACUUGUAAAUAAAGAAAAUAUU